CUCUUUUGUCCACUUUUAACCACUUCUGUCCUGAUUUCUUUGAGGGGAAAAAUGUAAAUUUAUGGGAUUUUUCAGAUCUUUCGAUCUAAUGGAUGAAAUAAGCGGUGUAAACCUGGGCCUAACUUGAGGAGGUUGGUAAAAAGUUAAUUAGUGAAAAAGUUGUUAAAAAGUUAAUUUUAGACACAAUAUUGUCAUUUUUUUUUACUAUUUUUGCUCUAUUUAGCCAACAUAAUUAGUUUCAAACAAAGCAGAAUAGUUCUUCUGCAACACAGAGUGUUUCAUUUCUAAUGUUUCAGUGUUUUGAAUGACUCAGGUGAGUCGAUGAUUCAAUGACCCAUUCAUAAAGAUAAAAGUCACUCUUUUCAUUCAUGAAUGAUCAACCGGUUUAAACGAAUCUGUUAAUGAAUGAUUCAAUCUGUUAAAUGAAAGACUUGCCACAACCUAAUGGUUUUAGUAUCGUUUCAUUUUUUUCUAUAUAGAGUUAAUACUAUAAGUAUAAUUAAUUAAAAUGUUUCGUAUAUGUGUCAUCACAAUUUUAAUAUGUUGUAGAGUUACUUUUUUAUCACUACUCUGUUACGCUUAUGAAAGUUUAAUGUCAUCACAACAUGUUUCAUCAGUUUGUCAACACGUUCUGUUUCACAACAGAAUAUAUAGGAAUUCUGUUGCAUUCCAAGAUGGGAGGAGCUAUGACAUCACUGCAGGUGAGUGAAACCUUGCAGUGAAACAGAAACAAAACUGAUGAACAACAGAUAAUCUAUAGGGUGAUAAUCUUCAGGUGAUCUAAGACCACAGCUCAGCUGAUACUCACUCACAGGCUUAAAGAGGGGACAAGCAAUGGCUUCAUCAGCAUCACAAAAACAAACUCUGUCAUCCUCCAAUGGUCCUCUGUCAGAGGAGCUCCAGUGUUCGAUCUGUCUGGAUGUGUUCACUGAUCCAGUCAGCACUCCAUGUGGACACAACUUCUGUAAGAGCUGCCUGAACCAGUGCUGGGACAACAGUCACACCUACAAAUGUCCAUUAUGUAAAGAAACAUUCAGUAAAAGACCCAACCUCAAGAUCAACACAGCACUUAGAGAGGUUGUGCUGCUCUUUAAAGGAAAGUCUGGUCAGAGUAAAUCUGAGGUUCUCUGUGACAUCUGUGAUGGUAUAAAGAUGAAAGCCCUGAAGAUGUGCCUGGUGUGUCAAAACUCUUACUGUCAAACUCACCUGGAGCCUCAUCAGAGAGUCACAAAUUUAAAGAAACACAAACUGAUCGAUCCUGUGGAGAAUCUUGAGGACUAUAUCUGUCAGAAACAUGAGAAACCUCUGGAGCUGUUCUGUAGAGAUGAUCAGACAUGUGUGUGUUUGCUCUGUGCUGUGACAGACCACAAAGCUCACAAUACCGUUUCUGUAGAAGAGGAGAGUAAAGAGAGAAGGCCUCAGCUGAUGAAGAUGCAGACAGAUGUGCAGCAGAUGAUCCAGGACAGAAUGAAGAGGAUUCAAGACCUCAAACGCUCAGCAAAACUCAAAAAAGAAAAGUCAGAGAAAGAGAAAGCAGAGAGUAUUGAGCUCUUCACUGAUCUGAUCCGCUCCAUUGAGAGAUGUCAGUUUGAGCUGCUGGAGAUGAUGGAGCAGAAGCAGAAAGCAGCAGAGAAGCAGGCUGAAGAGCUCAUUAAAGAGCUGGAGCAGGAGAUCACUGAGCUAAUGAGGAGAGACACUGAGCUGGAGCAGCUCUCACACACUGAGGAUCACCUGCACCUCCUACAGAUUUACCCGUCCCUGAGCAGACCUGCACACACCAGCAGCUGCACUGAGAUCAGUCUUAGUGACACUCAUGAGAGUGUGGAGACUCUGAUGAGAUCUCUGACUCAACUGAAGGAGACACUAGAUGAGAAACUCAGCAACACUGUGCUGAAGAGGAUGCAGCGAUAUGCAGUGGAUGUGACUCUGGAUCCUGACACAUCUCAUCCAAAACUCAUUGUGUCUAAUGAUGGAAAACAAGUGACAUAUAGAGACAUUGAGCGUAAACUCCCAGACAACCCAAAGAGGUUUGAUUAUUGUUGCUGUGUCCUGGCAAAAGAGGGAUUCAGCUCAGGAAGAUUUUAUUUUGAGGUGCAGGUAAAGAGAAAGACUGAUUGGGAUUUAGGAGUGGUCAGAGAAUCCAUUAACAGGAAGGGAAUGAUUACAUUGAGUCCUGAGGCUGGAUACUGGGCUGUAUUUCUGAGGGAUGGGGAUCACUAUCAGACUUAUGAAUCUUCUCCUGUCUCUCUGUCUCUGAGAGUGAAGCCUCAGGUAGUUGGUGUGUUUGUGGAUUAUGAGGAGGGUCUGGUCUCCUUUCAUGAUGUGGAGUCCAGAUCUCAUAUUUAUUCUUUCACUGGUCAGUCUUUCACUGAGAAACUCUUCCCAUACUUUUGCCCUUGUAAUAAAGAAAAGGGUAAAAAUGCAGCACCGCUGAUCAUCUCACAUGUCAGAUUCUCAGCUGAUGAAGAUGCAGACAGACGUGCAGCAGAUGAUCCAGAACAGAAUGAAGAGGAUUCAAGACCUCAAACACAUAGAAGAACUCAGAAAAGUGAGUCUAGAUUGAAUAAUGGUUUACCUUUGGAAAGGUCAGAGAAAGAGAAAGCAGAGAGUAUUGAGCUCUUCACUGAUCUGAUCCGCUCCAUUGAGAGAUGUCAGUCUGAGCUGCUGGAGAUGAUGGAGCAGAAGCAGAAAGCAGCAAAGAAGCAGGCUGAAGAGCUCAUUAAAGAGCUGGAGCAGGAGAUCACUGAGCUAAAGAGGAGAAACACUGAGCUGGAGCAGCUCUCACACACUGAGGAUCACCUGCACCUCCUACAGAUUUACCCGUCCCUGAGCAGACCUGCACACACCAGCAGCUGCACUGAGAUCAGUCUUAGUGACACUCAUGAGAGUGUGGAGACUCUGAGGAAAGCUUUGAUUCAGCUGCAGGAGACUCUAAAUGAGAAACUCAACAAAACUGUAAAGAAGACAAUGCAGCAAUAUGCAGUGGAAGUGACUCUGGAUCCUGAUACAGCUCAUCCAUAUCUCAUCCUGUCUGAUGACGGAAAACAAGUGGAAUAUAGAGACAUUAAGCUUGAACUCCCAGACAGCCCAGAGAGGUUUGAUUAUUGUCCCUGUGUCCUGGCAAAAGAGGGAUUCAACUCAAGAAGAUUUUAUUUUGAGGUGCAGGUAAAGGGAAAGACGGAUUGGGAUUUAGGAGUGGUCAGAGAAUCCAUUAACAGGAAGGGAAUGAUCACAGCAGCUCCUGAGGCUGGAUACUGGAUUAUAGUCCUGAGGAAUGAGAAUCAGUAUCUUGCAUUAAAGUCUCCUCUUGUCCAUUUGUCUCUUAGAGUGAAGCCUCAGGUAGUUGGUGUGUUUGUGGAUUAUGAGGAGGGUCUGGUCUCCUUUUAUGACGUGGAGUCCAGAGCUGUCAUUCAUUCUUUUACUGGUCAGUCUUUUACUGAGAAACUCUACCCAUACUUUAGUCCUUAUAUUAAAAAAGAAGGUAGAAAUGUAGCACCGCUGAUCAUCAGAUCAGUGAAUGAAUUUACAUCACAAAUUUAAAAAUAAGGCUACGUUCACACUGUCAAUCCAAUUCUGAUUAUGUGUGUAUUCGAUUGGAAUCUGAUCUAAAAUUAUUGACAGUCAAGGCUACCAACUCCUAACCCUUAACAUACCCGUUGGUAACCCUCUUAAAAUAUUUAACCUAAUUUGCUUCAAUAUAUGAGCUAUUAUAUUCUGGUUUGAAAUGUAGUUUUCUUGGAAAGAAAGACUAUUUUCUGUGUCUGUGCGAGACCAGUUCAUCUGCCGCAGCGCAGCGUGGCGCUUCACACCUGAGGUGUGACACACUUAACAAAGUGUAGUAAACAAUAAAACAAUUGCAUUACAAACUCGUGUGUUUAUUAGUAUGUUAAUGAAUUCAAAUUAUUUGAAAACAAAUAGGCCCUACCAGUUUACAACAUCCAGCAGCACAAUAAACCGUAAUAACUGGAGACUGCUGACACUGAAAGCCUCACACAUUCAAGUUUAAAAUAGCCGCACCUGCUCUUACACUGUACGUUAAAAAUAAGAUGGAAAGAUAAAAAAAAAAAACAUUUCCGUGGGUCUAGUCUUUGCAUCUGAUGUUUGAAGUUUGAAUCAAGUCUGCUCAGUUGGAGUAGAAUUAGAUAGGUGGCGCUGUCACAAAAAAACCCUAGAGUCCUAGAAAUGCGGUCCUGAAACUGCAGCCUCUGGUAUUGCAGGAAUAUAGUACUGUCAUUUUCUGCAACAACACAGCCUUGUUUCUGCAGCGACUUUCAGCAUGUUUCCUGUAACAAAGUCUGACUGAAACAGAUUUCCAGAAAUGUGAUUUGAAUAAGAUGUCAAAUCACAUAUGAAUGUAACUCGAAACGGAUUUGUAAAAAUCGCAUUUCAUGUGAAUUUUUGUUGUUCACAUUUGCUAAAUCUGAUCGGAUUUCAAUUGGAUAUGCACAAAAAUCAGAUUUGGACGUACAGUCUGCAUUAGUGCCACAGUAUAAAUACUUGCUGUUUUUAAAUGAUGGGAUAUGUCAUCAUCAUAUUUUGUCCUUUAGUAUUGUUUUUCAGCAUUAAAAACCUGCUUUUCACACACACACACACACACACAGAAAUGUUUGCUCAAGCCAUCUGCUCUUAUCUGAUGCAUCUGUAUGUUAAUAGUUUUUUUUUAGCACUUUGUACAUUUCUUUAAUCAACAACAUAAUAAAAUUCAUAAAGUAUCUUAAACACUUGACCCAAUUUAUUAACCUUAAGCAUCUGUAAACUGUCACAUGUAUGUUCUGUUUUGUUUUAGUUCUCUUUAUCAUACCUGUUUCCUUUGUUCUCAUCUUCCCAUCACUAGUUGCUUUUCUUGGUUACUGAUUGUUGUCUAGGUUAUACGUGGUUGUUUUGCUAAACUUUCUCCUGUGAUCUCCUGCAUGUUCUUUUGUUGGAUUUUUGAUUAAAGACUGUUUUUGUUAAAUUCUCCAUCGUGGUGCGAUAUCUACAGCCACAGUGUGUGACAUAAACAAUACUGUAAUUCAGCAUAAAUGCAACUUUCUCAUACUAAGACUCACCUAAAGAAUUUAUUCUAGACUCUAGAGACCCACCAAAAAUGUUUUUGGAGUGAAAUAUGAGAGACAAAAAAACAAAACAAAAAAAAACAUUUCUUUCCUUUUAGGUAACAUUUUAUUUUUUUAUUACACUUGAUAGAUUAUAAAAAUUAGGAUAAUGGUCAAAAAAAGA